AAAUACAUCCGGCAAUAAAAUGUUAAGGGAAAAAAAAGGAGAAAGAGGAAAGAGCUUAGCUGAGUCAGGUCCAGCAAGGGAGGAGAGUGGUGGAGGUCGACGAGUACUGGAGACUAAAUAGUCCACGUCAUCAACCUUGCGGACAAUACAACUACAACUACAAACUAGUAGUAGUUUCCAUUUUUCAGAUAAGGACUUAUCUUCCUCGUCAUCUUCGUAACCUCUUCAAUCACACAUAUACGAUAUACAUAAGCCUAUACACACACAUAUACAACACUGUUUCAUCUGCCUUGAAGGCAAUCUUCCCUUCAAGGUAGCUCUGGAUUUCUCCAAUGGCGACUUGUGUGCCGUGUGUUUCUCACACUACAACGUCGUCGCCGAUCUUCCUCACUAUAUCUCGCCACUCUCAUUAUUCUUCUCGCCUUUACUCAUCUCGAUUACGACCUAGAUUCUCUUCCUCUAAUACAUGCGUUUAUCCCCAUUUUUCCAUUCAUAAUAGGCUAGAUAUAUUCUAUUUAAAAUGUUCAAUUACAGAUACCGACGUCUUUAAUAAUGUUGCAGUUGAGGAAGAACUUCAUGAAGACCUCUCAACUUCAAGUUGUUCAGUCCCAAUAAUUCAUCUCAAUACCGAGGUUCUUGAGGCAGAAUCAGUGAAUUUACUUAGUGAAGGCACUUAUGUCGACACUCUUUUGACAAAGUUACCAGUUUUAACAGAGGAAGAGCAGAGCAUAAUUGCUGCAACUCCUGCCCAUCCAGCAGGCUUGUAUGCAUUAUACGCUAGUUGCAUGGUGGGGUGUUUGGUGGAACAGCUUUGGACUUUUGCUGGGCCAGCUGCUAUAGCGAUGCUUCAUCCAAGCCUUCUUCCUGUAGCAGUCAUCGGUUUCUUCACUAAGAUAUCAAUAAUUUUAGGAGGCCCCUUGCUUGGAAAACUUAUGGAUCAUUCUCCCAGAAUGCCUACGUAUAGUGCAUUAGCUACUGUUCAGACAACUGCUCACUUGUUAUCUGUUGGGUUGAUAAUACAUGCUCAUACUGUGCAUUCUACACUCACGUUAUCUGUACUCCUCCGCCCUUGGUUUAUUGUGCUAGUAUUAGCCAGUGCUGUUGAGAGGUUAUCUGGUCUAGCUUUGGGGGUUGCAGUAGAGCGUGACUGGGUUGUGCUGCUAGCAGGAACAAAUCGGCCUGUUGCUCUUGCUCAAGCUAAUGCCAUACUCAGUCGAAUUGAUCUCCUAUGUGAGAUUGCUGGCGCAGCAUUGUUUGGUGUACUUCUAUCCAAGUAUGAUCCUGUUACCUGCUUGAAGCUCGCCGCUGGUUUAAUGAUAUCUUCACUUCCUGUUGUGGUUUGUCUUACAUGGUUGACAAACAAGCUUUCUGCUGGAGUCCUCGAUCGUGCCAAAUCACUAGAAACAUGUUGCAGCAGUUCAGCAGAAGACUCUUUGCACAAUGUGAAAAGCUUAGUUGAAAUGAGUGUUGAAGCUAUCAAACAAGGAUGGAGUGAGUACAUGCAGCAACCUGUACUUCCUGCAAGCCUAGCCUAUGUGCUUCUCUGCUUCAAUGUUGUACUUGCUCCUGGUGGUUUAAUGACUGCCUUUUUGACACAUCGCGGUUUAAAUCCAUCAGUAAUUGGGGGUUUCAGUGGAUUAUCUGCUUUCAUGGGAAUUGCUGCAACAUUUGUGUCUGCAAGCAUGGUGAAACGACUUGGUCUUUUUAAGGCUGGAGCAGUUGGACUAUUUCUACAGGCUUCACUUCUUAUGAUGGCUGUUGCUGUGUACUGGAGUGGCACUCUCUCUCAGCAGACACCACUUUUCUUCUUUCUUUUCCUUAUUGUAUUUUCAAGGUUGGGACGUAUGUCAUACGAUAUUGUGGGAGCACAGAUUCUUCAAACUGGAGUCCCAGCAAGCAAAGCAAAUCUUAUUGGUACAACAGAGGCAUCUGUUGCAAGUUUGGCAGAGUCUUUGAUGUUAGGAGUUGCAAUAAUAGCAAAUGACGUUUCACAUUUUGGAAGUUUAGCAAUGCUUUCUGUUUUAUCAGUGGUUGGGGCGGCAUGUUUGUUCUGUCGAUGGUUAGCACAUCCAACCGACGCCCAAAGAAGUAUCUUUUCUUUAGACCCUCAGUUUUAUUCGGGCUUAUGCAUGCCGUGAUCCCCUGUAGUUGCCAAUGCCAUCACCAAUUUUACUAAGCCGGCCGACCGUGAUUCAUUUGUUGACCUCCAUAGGGGCACAGAGAAUUAUCCUGAACUUAGAAUAUUACAAAUCAAUGAUUUGAUGGAAUGGUCUGGACUCUGGAGAAGAUCUUAGAAUGCUGAAUGGCUGAUCCAUAUCUUAUCAGCACAAGAAUUGGUACAAUGAAUGCACAUUAUGCCCUUUCAACAGAUUUGUCAAUGUAAUAGAAAUUUAGACUUGUUUUUUGCUGGUGAGGGUUCUAGAUGCACAUAGUUAGGGUUAGCCAAGGAUAGCAUAGUCUUUUAAACUAGUAGCAUCAAUAUCAUACCAAAGUGAGCCUGAAAAAUUUGUUUCUGUUUUGCAACUGCAAAUUCUGGCUAAAUAUAUAGUGGGCAGGAUUAGGGAAAAGUGUACUGUUCAUAUUCAUACAGAUCAUUCUCCAUCCUCUUGUGAUUACCUAUUAUCUCUUUGUUUUACGAUUACUUGGAAGUUGAAAUAAUACCCUAGACAAGACA